AUAAUUUAUAGAUAUUAUGCUGUUGAUUAUAUUGUGUAUACAAGGUGUGUACAAAAAGUUCCAAGACUGUUUGAAUUGCACUCCAACGGAGCGUCUAAAAGCAGUAGGAUUGAUAUCACUGGGGUCUGUGACUUCUUUGGAGUAAAUUUGUAUUUGUAGACGGGGGGAGUUGGUUGGAGAAGAUCUUUCUUUCAUUUUCAUAGUAACCUCAUUAUAUAGGAGAUGAUAAAAUGUAUGAUAAAUUUCUGUAGGUUUGAUUAGGUUAGGUUAGUUCGGGUACUUAAAAGGUUAAUAUUAUGUGUCUUAUAUAUGUAUUGUCAAAAAGUUUUUAUUGUCAUUUACCAUACCAAUAAGUUCCUGAUAAACAUGAACCUUCCUCCAUAAAGAUGAGAAAAACUUUCACUCAACACAUCUGUAGUUUUUCAGUUACAAUGUUUUGGAAAAUGUCACUUGAAACGUCAGAUUCUUCUUCCAAACAAGAUUCUGUCAACAAAAUGGAAGGAAAACAUUAGGUUUAUCGGACAUUUUUUGGUAUAGAAAAUGGCAAUAAAAUCUUAUUGACAAUUUAUCAUAAUAAUAAACAUUACCUGUAUCAUUAUGUUAUCAUAAAAGGUCAUUUUUCGAUUUUCUGACGAGUGUUCUCAUUAAAUGCAAAAUACCGAAAAGAAAACGGGAAAAUGUACAAAAUAUAUUUAAUAAAAUAAAGUAAAUAAGUAUAGUAAAACAAAAUUGAUGUAGAAAAUAAAAUAAAUUAAUUAAUGGAUACAUCAUUUGUUGUAUUAUGAUAAGUGUAUUAGUGAUAGUGACCGGUUUCAAAACCAAAAGUUCAUCAUCAGUUAUAUCACAGUCGAAAUGUAAAAAUAUUUUGAUUUUUUUUCUGUGGACAACUUUUCUCGCACUUAUUUUUCCAUCUUUCUAUAAGUUCAUCGGGUUACGUUUAGAAAGUUUCAGUAGAAAAGCGGAGGAAACUGCCACGACUUUGAUUUAUUGUUGUGUGGUACACAUGUCCGUGUAGGGAAUGCUUUUUCGUCGGAAUGAAUUCGGCUGCAUAAUAAUGUACAAUGUUUUACUAUUGCGGUAGUAUCGCCACCUGUACGCAAAUGUAGUCUAGGAAACCGCGGAAUAGUUAAUAAUAAUAUCGAAACGCGACCGCAAUCAAAAUCAAACAAACAUUUUCACACACGAUUUCCUCACACAAAUCAAUGGCGGCUCAAAAUAUUUAUUCACUAGAAGUGGUAGUGCGGAAGGUCACGUUGGUCGGCGCGAUGGAGGCGACCAACACGUGUCCGCUGUGCGUGUGCUUGCGGUUUCCCGGACUGGUCGACAUGACCGUGUGCGAGGGCGACCAUUGCGGCAACCGGACCGUCGGCGGCGGGACGGUCUGGAUGUCCCGAGGAACGUCUAGUUUGUUCGCGGUCGGCGCGGACGACCUGUGCCGUACGGCCCGUGACUUUCGCGCCGAUGUCGCCGUCUACAGGCACGUGGACGGCACGCCGGAGACACACUUCGUUAGCCAGCCACGCUUGGUGGCUCAGACGUGCGUGGAAUUCAACGAAUCGUUCACCAGCCUGUUGUUGGAUCCCGACCAGCCGGAGAAGACGAGCAUGCUCAAUCGGGUAAGCAUUGCGUACGUUCAAACGUUUCGACAAUAAUAUGAUUUUAAAUCUUUUUUUGAACGUCCGGGUCCUGAACGUUGUUCUCGGUUCAAACACCCGGUGGAGAGUAACUGAUUAUCCUCGUGGUGCGGCUUUUUUUAGAUAUGCGUGUAUUCAAAAAUAAAAUUCGUCCUAUAUUGUAUAAGGACGAAUAUUCUCUUUUAUUGCUGCUUAAUGUAAAUACAACACUGAGAUAAUAAUUCGGUUUCCCCGGAAUAAACGAUUCUUCUUCGAUUAUUUUCUGUAAUGACAUUUAAUUGUUAUUAAUGAUUCCGAUUAUAGAUUCUGAGUGUAGUUUUACAGAGAUGUUUAUUUUUUUUUUUUUUUGUGGACAACUUUUCUACUAGAAAUUUUGCUCCGAUUUAUAACGAUUGCAAUGUUUCAAAAGGAAUUUGACUGUGGAGAUACUUUAAGGACGUCAUUUUUAUAUUUUCUCAAGAGUUUUCUCGGUAAACGUGAAAAACCGGGAAAAACAUUGAAUGAACGGGAAAAUCGGUACUUCAAGCAAAUAUUAUUAAAGAUAAUAUACAAUGCCUGUUUAAUUGUUUUACCAUAAUAUGACAUAAAUGUUGACAAAACAUCAUUAUCAACUGAGCUACGCUCAGAAUCGUUUUUUCGUUACCAAUGGUUAAUCGUUGUUACAGCGAUAUACAUUAAAUUACCUAUAACAGUGACUGCACCCGUUCCCAUUAGGAUGUCCUUUUUUUUUUAUAUUGUCACAAAAAUUUCUACCAGAAAUCUUACUUCAAAAUGUACGUGUAGCACUUUUCCUGAAAGUAAAUUUUAUCUAGAUGGUUCUUUAAGAGGUCAUCUUUUGAUUUUCCAAGCGGUUUUCAUAAUAAUUAAUAAAAACUGGCAAAUUUAAGAAAAUUACUUUUCAUAUUUUCAAUUUUGUUUUUUAUUUUAAUCAGUAAAAAAUAUUUGUAUAGACUGACAAUUUGGAUAGACAACUUAUAUUUGCUUUUUCUAGACAUAGUAGAAUUUUCAAAACAUUUGAGCCAUUUUUCGAGCUUUUUAUAAAAAUUUUACUUUGAAUCGUACUUUUGGUAAAAAAUAAAACAAUUUGUAUUAUUUUUUUUAUAAAGAAAUUUUAAUAUCAAAUUUUGACGAAAAUCGUGUGAAUGAAAAUUAUGAGGAACAAAUUUAGUUACUGGUCCAUGUACAUUUUUCAACUUUUCUUUUAUUAUUAUUAUUUUUUUUUUUUUUUUUUGAACAUAUAAUGUAUAUGUAUUGCCGAUUUAAGAACUUUAGUAAAGUCAGAAUUAGUUUCAAAAUUAUAGCUUUUUGAAGUUCUGAUAUUAUAUAUGUCUAGAGGUAGUCCGUACUAGUUGGUAUCCCAAAUAUCGCAUGUUUAAACCAAAGUUCCGAAACAUUUAUUUUGCAAAUCUACGUCGGGUAGGUAACAAAUGCAAACAAAUGCAUUUUGGGUAUACCUAGAAACUUAGCAACCAUAGGGUAAAACAACGGAUAGGAGAAAAAAUUACAUUAGAUUCCAAAAUAUACUUAUAGCACACACGCAGCCAGUUCGUAUUCCUUGAAAAGGAAUAAGGAAGAAAGGGUAUGUAAUUAUGUAAAUAUUAGCUUUGAAAAAAACUUUUUAGUAUUAAAUUAAGACAUUAUAAUAUUCUACUGUUUAUGGUUUUCAUCAUACAAUUGAAUAGAUAAUUAUAAGUAAAAGAUAAUUACAAUAUCAAAUAACUAAUGUUUAAUAAAAAAUAAUAAUUUAUGCUUACCUUCAUGUGCAUGUAAAAAAUCUUCUAGUUUUUGACGCUUUGGAGUAAAUAUAUAUUUCUUCAAUUUACUCAUUUCAAUAAAAAUAUUAUAGAAAAUAAUAUAAUAGACAAUAAAUAAAUUAACACUGAAAACUAAAUACAACAAUAUGUCAAUGAUCAAUACAUUUUUAAAUACCACUUUUAAAUUUCGUAUUUUCAUUUACCUAUAAAAUGUAAAAUUCACUAUUAUUGUUAUUAUAUGGCAUAUAAAUAAUAGAGAAAUUCUAUUACCUGUGCUAUGGCACGUCCGGCUGCCGUAGACGAACAUCAUACGCAUUCACUGAUAUAGUGAUAGGAAAAACUCUAUGGUUAGUAUCAUCGAUAUAAAGAAUAUAAUCAUUUUUUGUUGAUACUUUACUAUUUUAUAGGAGGUACUUGUCCCCUUAUUGCCCCUCUUCAAAAGACGCCCAUACCUAGAGACCCAAGCUGUUUUAAUAUGACACAUAUAUUGUUUAAAAAAACAAUACUUUUAACCAAGCUCCGCUCAGAAUCGAUUUUCGCUAUCAAUGAUUUAUAUAAGAUUAUAAUUAAAUUCUCCACUAUAUCCUACCUUCCCAUCUUUUCAUCAAUAAUAGUGGUCCACCCAUUGUGCGAAGUAUGUCCGUCUUUAUUUCUCAUAUAGUACUUCAAAAGAUACGAGAUGCUCAUUUGGCGGUACUUUACAUGAAAUAUAUUUCGACAUUCCCAAUACCACCGCGUUCACCUUCAGUACCGUUUUUAAUUACGGGGAUUUAUCGUUGCUUAAGAGUAAACCGUAUUACAAACCACUGCCUUAUCCCACCUAAUUAAGUGGUCUACUAAACGAAUAGGUGGGAAGUAGAUUUUUAUUAUUUUGCCUACGCCGAUAUGUAUUUAUUUUGUUUAUAACCACUACAGACAUUGGCGCUGUACGAGACCGGACACUCGACGCCAGUCGGCACAGUGGAAUUGAUGAUCCGCAUGACAUCGCAUGGCGAUCUCGUGACGACAGAAUUUUCGCGGAUAGCUGACAGUAAAAAGUACAAUUACAAAGGUCUGAACACGUAUGUGCCGAUCAACAUGUCGUGCAAAAAGAGCAGUCUAGUUGACAAGUGUCAGCACGUGCAAAAAUGCUGCAAAGCCAAAAAAACUUGCAAGACCAAGAAACCAAAAGAUGGCAACGGUGAGAUUUUUUUCAUUAACUACUAAUAAGGAUUGCAUAUUCUUUAACAUAUUUUAUUAGGUACUUAUUUUAAAACUUUUUUUAAAACACAUUUCUAAAACGCCUUAAAAUAUUUAUUCAUUUAAUUUUUUUAGAUUAAGAGCGUAGUGAGGAAUGUAUUAGUUUUACAAUGAUGUUAUUUUUUUUUUUUUUAAUUUUUAUCUGUGAACCACUUUUCUGCCAGAAAUCUUGAAUUUCAAGUGUAGUACCUCUUCUAAAACGAAAAUUUAUCUGGGCGUUACUUAUGCGGGGCAUUUUUUGAUUUUUCAAGUGGUUUUUAUAAUAAUUGGGAAAAAUCGGGGAAAACGUAGGAAGAAAGGGAAAAUGUAUGUACAUAUACAAAAAAAACUCCGUUUCAAAUCGUUUUUUGUUAGCAUUGGUUUACAGUUACGUACAGAUAUAAAUUGAAUUACCUUUUAAAUCCUACUUUUCCAAACUCACCUAUAACAGUGGCCCACUCACCGUGCAAAUAUAGGAGUGCAUAGAUUUGGUUCGUAGGAGGGGAUCUACAUUAAAAAGGUCUAAACCAAUUAUCAACGAUUCUUCUUCUAAUGACUACUAGUAUAAUUAAAUAUUAAAUUGUAAAUUUUAUAAAGUACCUAUUUAUUUCAUUUAGUAUGCAAUUAUAAAAAUUAAUACUGUUUAAAGGUAUUAAAAAUACAUAAUAAUAUUAAUAAUACCUAUAAAAAAAAUUAUUACAACUUACACAAUUUAUAAGAAAUCCUUAAUUUGCAUAGCUAUUUAUAACUCCUCUCUUCUGUACACGGGAGUGAGGUGUUCGAAUGUACCAAUUACAUCAUCAAUUUUUAUAUUAUAUGCCAAUUCUCGCUCAAUGAAUAUAGUAAGCAGGUCAUCCAGCAGCUGUGUCAUGGUACUUCGUAACUUGGUUUUCACAAUACUGAGCUUGGAAAAUGAUCGUUUGCAAGAACAACUCGUUAUUGAUAUAACCAUAAAUAUGUUCAAUGCUUUACUGGCAUUACAAAGUAUAUUUUCUUUUCCAUAGUUGGAUUCUGUAAGCAAAUUUACUCAAUCACUACAUUUGCUCUUCACAUCUUUCAGUAUAUUAUCUGUAUGUUUGAGAAUAUUAAUUUCUGUUUUUAACAUAUCAGAAUUUAAAUGCUGUGGACAAGACUGAAAUGUCAGUGUUAUGUAUAUUUAAAAUUAAUAAAUGUCCAAUGCUUUGAAUCAUAUACAUUGUUUUCGAUUAAAUCUAAUAUUAAUUCCACUAACCAUAUGGUCCAAUAUUGAAUAGUAUACAGAAACCUUAAUUUCUUCUUCUUUUGAAAACAUAUAGUACUGUGUAUUUGAACAGCCAAUUUAGUAAAUAUUUCAUUGCAACUUUUAACACUAGUAUUAAUAUUUAACAGUAAUAUAUACCAUAUAUUUACUUGCAAACAUACUGCACUGUGCGAAGUAUGUAGAUGUGUGUAUAGAAUAUCGAUUAUUAAACUGUUAAGAGAGAGAAUCUUACUCCUCGUUUACAAAUAUAACCUAUAGCGCCUAUGGAGACCGAGCAGGUUCAGUUUUGUAAGUUGGCAGAAAACGAAUAUUAUAUUUUUUAAAUAUUAAAUUAAGAUUUAUUAAAAACGCCGAGAAUUUUCUUUAUACAAAGUAAUCCACACUCGAUAUUUUGAAAAGUAUUGACUUUUUCUAAAUGUCUUUUAUUGAUAGUUUAAAAAACAAGCAACUCUAAAUUUUUAUUAUUUUAGGGGGAGAGGGCUUAAACGACUGACUAUAUUUUGAUUUCCGAACAGCGACCUAUACCGAAAAUUCCAUAAACAGAUGGACUAUUAGUUAAAUAAAUAUUGGUGUUGAUAUUUUUGAUUUCCCACAACCCGUUAACGAGAUAAUCCACGUUUUUUUUAUGAGUAUCGCGACUCAUUUAUAUUGUUGGCCACCAAAACUACAUUCUUCCGCCUUUUUCUAUUAUACGCCUGUUUUCAGUACACUCCAAUGUCUUCGAGAAAUUCUCUAACGCUGUCCUUCCCCUUUCCUCGCGUUCACCUCAUACACACAAAUUGAAUACAACGACAUUAUCUAUUUAUUUAUCAAAACAACUCUUAAAGAUAAUUCAGUUUACUGCUCGCAUACUACACUUAUUAGUACGUAUGUGUACGUCUUGUUUGUUGGUCAUUAGCUAAUUAAUAUAAAAUUCAAAGAACGCAAUAUAAUCACGCGUUAUAAACAGACUAAUUGACAUAGACGAAACGGUAUAUAGAUGACAAUAAAUAAGAGUAUUAUAUUAUUACACUUUUAUAUAAUAUAAAUAUAUAUAAAAAAAGAGCUGUUACUGGAGACGGGUGCAGUAACUGUUGUAGGUGAAAAGUUGGGAAGGUAGGAUACAUAAGGUCAUUUUAUUUAUAUCUGUAUAAAUCAAUGCUGACGAAAGACGAUUCCGAGUGCAGUGCAUACAUAAUUCGAAGAGCCAUAAUUAUUUUUCGAUUUUCGUUUAAAUUUGAUUUCAAAACACUUAUUAAAAAAAAAAAAGCCGUCCGAUGAUUUUGGAAAUUUUACCACGUCUAGGUAAGUCUUUACGUGUAUUUAUAAUCGAAUUACAGCAAAAAACUCCAAAAACUUAAAAUUCCUUAAAAUUUCAAAAGUGGCUCGAAAGUUUUAGCAAUAAAGUAGAUCAAAAAGGCAACAAUAAAAGUUUUUUGUGAGUUUUCGAUUAAAUCAUUUUUUUCUGGUAGAAAACGUUCGUGUUUUUAUAAAAUAAUGAAAUCAUGAAAAUGAACGUUUUCCUACAUUUUUUUUCCCACUUCAGUGCUUUUACAUAAAAAAAUGGGGUCAAAAAUCAAUAAACGACCUUUUAAUGUACCAUCUAGAAAACUUUAAGCUUUAAGAAAAGUUACUACACAUAAAAAUCAGAGAAUAUUUACUAGGAAAAAACGUGUCCACAGACUAGAAAAAAAAAAGAAAUUAACAUCUUAGUAAAACCAAUAGCUCCCUCGCUACGCUCGAAAUCUAAAAAAAAAUAAAUUUUAAUAUUUAAUAAAUUUAAUAAAUAAAUAUUUUAAGGCGUUUUAAAAAUGCGUUGAAGUUUUAAAAUAAGUACCUAAUAAAAUAUGUUACAACUACAAUACGAUUUUUAUUCGGCAGACGUUUGCAACAAGGAAAUGAAUCAAGUGAAGUGCGUGCUGACCGUUAUGGAAAUGAUGAAGGACCUAUUCACCAAGGCGGCAGCGUCGUCGCCCUCCGAACUGAACGAACAACAGACGACGCGCAACCCGUGCAUGUUCGACCUUAACUGUCCGGUGGCCCGGUGUCCGUUCAGGAUGGACGAGCCGAUAACCGCGUUCGUCGACCGGAUGGUUGACGGUGGUGAUGGCCGUCCAACCAAGACGAAGACACCAGCAUCCAAAUCGUUGCCAUCAGCGCAGGCUGGGGCAGACGGUUCGUCGGAGAACGUUGAGAUCGAGGACGACGCCGAUGUGUUCGUGGUGAGCUCGGGCCGGGUGGACCCGUGCCGGGUCUCGCUUCCCGUGCACCGGGAAAACACGACCCAGUAUCUAGAGACGGAUUUGCAACCGGAAUUUCGGCCACAACCACCGCAGCCGCCGUCCAAACCAGCCAAGAAAGGCGGCAAGAAAGGAAAAUAACCCAAAACCAAUCGAAAAUCAACAGAAUAAUUGUCUAACCGAAAAUAUAACGAACGUUUGCCGAGAAACAGGACAGAUUACAUUCGCAUCAAUGAUUUCGGAGGAUCCCGUAAUACGAUUACGGAACCGACGCAUUACAAAACAAUAUUGUGUUAUUAUAGUUCCCUGGUCUGACGAAUCAAAAAAUUGCUUCACCAUUUAAACCGUUUUAACUCGUGUCCCGAACAUCAAAAUAAAUAUCUAAAUUCAUAAUGCGUCAUUUUCACACGCUAUUGUUUGUUUUUUGCGGGAAUUGGAAGCGGUUCUUUUCAGUGUGUGUCUUACACGCGUGCGAUCUAGGAAUUUAGACGAGUUCAAUUUUCAACGUACCGAUUGGUCUUGCAAAGCGAUUAGUAUACUGGAAACGGAUUUGAAUUUAACGCCAAGUCUGCUUUGAGACCGACUGUUCCAUUUUUUUUUAACGGUUUAUAUUAAUUCCUCCCGAAAAUUAAAAUUUUUCAUUUUUAGAUUCGGGGUGGAGCGAAGAAUCUAUUGGUUUUACUAUGAUGUAUGUUUUGUUUAUUUUUUUUUCUUUUGUGUCUGUUAACACUUUUCCGAAUAGACAAUUUAAUCCGAUGUAUCAAGUGUGUAGCACUUUUUCUGAAAAGUUCGCUGAUUUUAAACCUAUGUAGCCCGCGACCCGCAGUCGACUAUAUUAUACAAUAUUAUUAUUGAUAACAUAAUACGUUAUUCGUUUGUUUAUUUUUUUUACCACUAGCUGUCCCGUGACCAGCGUUGCCCGUGUUGAUUUUUAUUAUUAUUAUUAUACCUAUAUUCGUUUUUGGUUUUGGCCGAGUUAGAAUUUAAUGAAAACAAUUAGGUGGAAAGUGGAUAGUCCACCUUCGGCGGGCUAAAUGUGUUCUGUUGUGAAAUUUCAUUAUUGUAAAUAAUAGUAAUAAUAAUAAUUACAAUCGUUUUCUUUUCCGUAACACUAUAGGUAACCCCCUUAAAAAAACAAAAAAAAAAUUAACAAGCAAUUAGAUAUUCGUACCAAAUUCACCUAAAAACCCCUAUUUUAUCCCUUUAGGGGUUGAAUUUUCAAAAAUCAUUUUUUAGAGGAUGCCUACGUCAUAUUAGCUAUCUAUGAUAGCCGAAUUUCAGCCCGAUCCGUCCAGUGGUUUCGGCUGGGCGACGAUGAAUCAGUCAGCCAGUUCAUUUUGUUUUAUCAUUCCGAAUUUUCAACGCUAAUGAUAAAUUCAUCGCUCGACUCACACUGUAGGUGUUUCUUGUUUGUAUUUUCAGUCACUGCUAUAAGUAAUUUAAUGUAUAUCUGUAAGCAACGACGUGUGUCAUAUUAUGGUGUAAUAAUUACAUAUAUAAAAUUCCUUAAAAGCUACUGUGAGUGCGGUUCGAAAUUGGAGGGAAGAUUUAAUGUGUGAAAGGAUUAACCGUUGCUAACGAAAAACGAUUUUGAGCGGAAUCCAGUUGAUAGUGUUGCUUUAUGAACAAUUUAUAUGCCAUAUUAUGGUAAAAUAAUUAUACAUGCAUUAUAUUAUAUUUUGUUAAAUAUUAUUUAUUUAAUAUUGUAUUUAUUUUCCCGUUUUUCUCAUUAAUUGGGAAAACUCCUGGAAAUAUCAAAAAAUUAUCUUCCUAAAUUACCUUCUUAGUCCGAUUUACUUUCAGAAAAAGUUUUUCACAGAAAAAAAAUACCGUAAUUUUACUUAAAUUUUCCCAUUUUUUUUUUCCCCAAUUUUUCCCAUUUGAUGAAUACACAAUAUUAUGCAUCAUGAAUAGUAUAAUAAUUUCCAUGUAAUGUAUAUAUCACGUGUACAGAAAAAGAAUUAUAACUCAUAUUAAUUUUCCAAUUAUCUUCGUUUUUUUUUUUAAAAAAAAUUUUCAACGAUAAACCAUUUCAAAGUCUAAACUCGGAGUCUGACCCCCCCCCCCUGUGUAAAACCACCACUGAACCAACGAAAAACCAUUGAUAAUGAACAACGAUUCGGAACGAUGUUCGGUUAUACAUGUUUUUAAAAGUCAUAAUAUUUACGAUUUACGUCAAAAUUUGAUUAUAAAAUUCUUAUAUAUAUAUAAAAAAAAAUUCUACAUUAAACAAUUUUUUUGUUUUAUCACAAGUACCUACGACUUAUUAUGGACCUGGUUAAGGACAAGCCCGCGCAGAGGGGCGCGUAGUGGGAGUGACAAUGGACAUAAAAGGAAUGAAUUAAGCCAGAAAAAAAAUAAUAGUUAAUAUUAAAAUUAGAAAUACUACAUCGGUCGGAUACCAUUUUAUUGAAUAGGUAUCAUAUGUUAUGCAAUUAUUAUAUUCGGAUAUAUUUUUUUGACAAUGGAUUGGAAAAGUGCUUUUGUUGCAAUUUAGUACAUAAUUUAUAGAAAUACAUCUACGUCACGCAUCGUACAAUAUAAAAAAAUAAUAUUAGAUGUAAAAUAGACAUUCCGACUAAUACGGGCUUGUAUAAAUUAUUAUUAAUUUGUGUUUAUUUUAUGCUGCUUGUUCCAUUUAUUAUUCAUUUAGCACAGUUGUACGGGGAUAUAUAGGAAUUUACGCUGAAUACUUUUAGUGAUAUUAUUUAAAUACGAUAGAUUGAUUCCGGGACAAUGUGUACAAAAAUAUAACAUUAUUAUUAUUCAAUAUAAUGAAAACACAACGUGUGUUUAUUAUGAUUAUAGGAACGACGACUACACGAUAACACCUAUUUAAUUUGAAAUUGUCAUUUUAAUGGAAAAUUGUUUUUAAUAAUUAAUUAUGUUUUGUUUAUUUUAUGUACAUGUUGGCUUUUGCCUCUAACACCCAUUUAAUAGUUUUAAAUUAAGUACUCUGAUCGGGGACGGAAACUACAAAAAAUUUUGCGGUUUAAGAUUUAAAAACCCGAUUUUUCAGUCGGCCUUUCGGACCGGGUCAUUGGUUUGACACAAAUGAAGGUUGUAUUUUACACGCCACAGAGACUUGAGAUCUAUUAUAUUCUUCAAUUAGUUCAAUUAAAAACAAUAAAAUUUAUUCCAUGUACAUGUAAUAAAUAUUAGAACAAUACAUAGGCGGCUCUCGAAGCCUUUGUUUAUGGCUCCUCGCAAUUAAAUUGUUAUUUUUUUUUUUUUUUUAAUAUUUAAAAACUAAAUCACAAUAAUAUUAUAAUAACAUCGUUAUACGAUCGUAUAAAUUUUAAAUUGUAUAGUUUAUACUAUUUAAUUACGUGUUAAUAUUAAUCUGUAAUGUAAUAAUGUGCAUUAUAUAAAAUAAAAUAUAAAUAAUAACG